AUGGAGGGCACCACGGAGCCCAACGGUUACGACCACCAGCAGAUCAACGGUCUCAACGGCGACUCCAACGGUCGCACCGAGCCUGACUACACAGAAUCAUUCGACGCCCCCUACCCGGCCACGGAGCCCCACGAGGGUCACCGCCAGGCCAGUGACACAUUCGAUCCUGUGACUGGUGCAUACCCGCGCAUCUCCCGCCCCGUUGAGCUGAUCCGCCCGUCCUAUGACGUUGUUGUCAUCGGUUCUGGAUACGGUGGCGCCGUCGCCGCCAGCCGCAUGGCACGUGGAAACAAACAGGUUUGCUUGCUCGAGCGUGGCAAGGAGAAGUGGCCCGGCGAGUUCCCCUCUGAGAUCGUCCCAGCCGUGAAGGAGCUUCACACUACCAACGCAGCGACGGAUGGUCUUCUCGGUGCUCUUGGAAAGUUGGGCACCGGCGGUGAUCCAACUGGGCUUUACCAUCUCAUCGUUGGCGAUGGUCAAAAUGCCUUUGUAGGCAAUGGCUUGGGCGGCACGAGUUUGCUCAAUGCGAAUGUUUUCCUUGAAGCAGAUGAAGGGGUUCUCAACCUGCCUAUCUGGCCCAAGGAGAUAGACGCAGGGGAACUGAAGAAAUAUUACAAGCGCGCUGCCGGUGUCUUGGAGCCUAAAAAGUAUCCAAAAGACUUCCCCAAACUACACAAGCUGGAGACCCUCGAGAAGCAGGCUAAGCUCAUGGGUUGGAGCGAAAAGUUCGACCGUGUACCCCAGACCACCCGCUUCGAGGAUGGAGAGAACAGCACUGGUGUCUACAUGCGUGCCUCCACGCUCAGUGGCCAAGACACUACCGGCCUCAACGACGGCAGCAAGUCCACAACUCUGGUGAACUAUCUUAGUGACGCCUGGAACUGGGGUACCGAGAUGUUCUGCCAGUGUGAGGUCCGUUAUGUCACGAAGGCUAAGGACCGCGAGGGCUAUAUCGUUCACUUUGCGUGGCACGGUGGGAAGCGCGCCAACUUCAAGGACCUUUUUUACGAGGAUCUGAUGUGGGUGCACGCCAAGGAGCUGGUUUUCUUCGGCGCUGGUAGUAUCGGAACUACCGAAAUUUUGCUCCGCAGCAAGCAAUUUGGUUUGGAUAUGAGUCCCGACGUUGGGCACGGCAUGAGUGGCAACGGUGAUAUCCUCGCUUUCGGCGAGUAUGUCAACGGCAUGGGACGCGAAGAUCCCCCACCAAACCGUCCCGUUGGGCCGUGUAUCACUGGUAUCAUCGACUGCCGGAAGGGCCUGGACAACCCUCUUGAUGGCUUCGUCGUUGAGGAGGGUGCUAUUCCUGCCGCCCUCGCGCCCUUCUACCAAGCAAUGCUCACGUAUUUGCCCGGCAGAGUGUUCCCCGAUAAUAUCUCCAUCAAGGGCGCAGUCGGUCACGUAACUGCAGCUGUCGGCAGUCGCUUCUUCGGCCCCUACUUCCCCGAUGGAAGCACUGAGAAGACGCAGUGUUAUCUCAUCAUGUCGCACGACAGCAGUCAAGCAACCAUGCAGCUUGACAAAGACAGACCGCUCAUCAACUUCUCCGGCGUUGGCAAGUCGCACAGAGCCAAGAAGCUGGCGGGCUACUUGGCCAAGCUGACCAACCUGAUCGGCGGAAUCUACGUCGACAGUCCCUUCUACGCCGCAUUUGGUGAGAAGGAGAUCACUGUUCAUGCCAUUGGUGGUGCUCGUAUCAGCAACGACGGAACUGGCGCCAGCGGCGGCGUGAACCACAAAGGCCAACUGUUCAAGGGCACUGAAGGUGAGGUCCAUGAGGGCUUGGUGGUUUGCGACGGAUCCAUUGUUCCUGCGGCUCUUGGUGUCAAUCCUUUCGCGACAAUUACGGCCCUCGCGGAGAGAUCUGUUGAUAAGAUCGCGGAUGACUUCCAUAUUAAAGUCGAUCUCAAGACAAAGAAUGGCUCUCUAAACCUGUUUGGCAAGCCGGCACACGACCCCUUCGAGGGCGAACAUCCGCCUGUGGCCAGAGUGCAAGAAAUCAUCAACACAGCCAGAGAUGACAUGACUCCUGGCAUUGCCUUCACCGAGACCAUGGACGGAUGGAUUCACUUCGGAGAAGAUUCCAAGACAUUGGAUUUCCAAAGAGCCACCUUGACUGCAAAGAGCCGGGGCGAAUAUGCCCGUUUCUUCCUCAGUGCUAGGUCAUGGAACACUCACAACCUCGUCCACGACAAGGAACACGAAGCCAACCUUACCGGCACCUUUACUUGCCCCACUCUGGGUGGCACAUCUAUGGUCCAGGGCGGCAAGUUCAACUUGUUCAACGACGACCCGAGAUCGCCUGACACCUCCAACCUGACUUACAACUUCCUGAUAUCCCAAAAGGAUGGCAAGAAGUUGCACUUCAAUGGCUACAAGGUCGUCAACUCAGACGUUGUCUUCAACCCUGUCAACCUCUGGAAAGCCACGACCACUCUCUACUGCACUAUUACUGAGGUUGACGAGCAUGACCAGCCCAUUCAUGAAGAGAUUCGCGGUAAGGGUAUCAUCCACAUCCGCCCCACAGCCUUCCUUCAAGAAUGCACAACCAUGGAAGCAACCGGAUCCAGCCUCUACGCCAAGGUCUCUUCAACCGCCAACUUCCUCGGAUACUUCACCGCCAAGGCAGCUGGAGCCUUCCUCACACCUUUUAUCCCUCAGAUCUGGCCCAGCCUGCCUUUCAACAGCUACCAGAACCCCACACCCUGGUCGGAAGAGAUCACAGUGGAGGCCAACGACCGCGUCAAGACGAAGCUCUACAUGUGGGAGCCGCAGACUAUUGGUGGGGACGCAAGCAGGGCCCCGAUUGUUUUGUUCAUCCCUGGCGCCGCCGUCGACCAGCAGAUCUUUGCUUUGCCCACCAUUGAGAAGAAUGCGGUCAACUACUUCCGGGCUAAGGGGUACCGCGUGUACUCUAUGGUACACCGCGUCGGCAAGACCAUUGUUGCUCAACAGAACUGGACCACAUACGACGCCCGUCGCGAUAUUCAGGCGGCUCUCAGGAAGAUUCGCAAGAGGCACGCCAUAAUUGACAGGCUGGACGGUAGCGGCCCCUCGUCACCGACGUACGUCGUAGCGCACUGCGCUGGAUCUAUCGCUCUUGCUUCAGGUCUGCUUGACGGAAGCAUCCCUAGGCAAUGGCUUAGCGGUGUCACCGCGUCCCAGGUCUUCAUGAACCCCAAGUUCCCCAAGGUCAACCACGUCAAGGCUAGCCUCCCCAUAUCCAUGGCCAACAUCUACAAUCUCAUCCAGGGCAAGUGGUUUGACUGCACCAGCACACCUCGCGAUGGAUAUGUCCAGCAGGCUAUUAACCAGUUGCUUCGCUUCUAUCCCGUUGGUCACCGCAACGAGAUCUGCAACUCUGUUGUCUGCCACCGCAGCUCUCUUGCUUUCGGCCGGCUCUGGUCCCACAAGGGACUCAACGAGGCCACUCACUCUCAAUUAGAGAACUUCAUCGGUGGUGCCUCAAUGGCGAACUUGAACCACUUGAUGUACCAAGGCACCCACGAAGUCGUGACCGACUCGCAGAACGAGAGCCUCGUCACACCGCAGAACAUCGCCCGCCUCAAGGGUCUGCCCAUUUUCCUCUUCUCUGGAUCUGAGAACGAGGUUUACGCGCCCGAGAACACCGACACAUCCUUCACCACCCUCACGGAGGCUAACGGCGGCGUCUGCUACGAGAGACAGGUGUUCCAGAAUCGCGGGCAUUUGGACGCCUGGAUGAGCCCUACCGCCCACAAGGACAUCUUCCCGCGUGUUGAGCAGCACAUCCAGAAUGUCCUGAACGACAAGUAUUCGCGACUUGAAAGGUUUGCAUCAGGCAACCCGCUGGGGUUGAAGAAGUGA